GGGGACUCAAUGUGCUUCUUGCUAAUCACGAAUCACAUCGAGAGCACAAGAUGAUGUUGCUCAAAACCUUUUGAAAGCAGCAGCCCCACACUGCUUGUUUUGAUUUUUUAAAAAAUAUUAUUUUUAUUUUAUUCGCUCCCUUAUUUGACCAACGCUUGUCUUUCAUUUAAUUGCCUCGUUCGAGCCACUAUGGAAGCCGGUGCAUUCCAGCUGACUGGGACUACGAUUUGUUUGUUCUCAUGACACACUUCCAUCGAUUCAUCACAUCAGGAGAGAGCAGGGAUUGGCUUUAACUUUUUCCUUUUUUUAAUCGUCGACGAUCGCGGCUGCCGUGGGUACUUUGUGCACUUCAGUGAGCGUCCUGCUCGUGUCGGUGUUGAAGGAGCAAUGUGGAGCGGCAAGAGCGCGCCUCUGCUCAUCUCCUGCCUGGCGCUCAUGGCUUUGUGGAUAACCAGAUCGGUAAAUGCAGACGACACGUCUGAUGCCUUCAAAACCAACAUCACCCUGUUCACGCGCAUCCUAGACAGCCUGCUCGACGGCUAUGAUAAUCGUCUCCGCCCUGGUCUUGGAGACAGGAUCACUGAGGUGAAGACGGACAUCUUCGUCACCAGUUUUGGACCUGUCUCAGACACAGACAUGGAAUACACCAUCGAUGUUUUCUUCAGGCAAGCCUGGAAGGACGAGAGAUUAAAAUUUCAUGGACCAAUGAAUGUUUUGCCUCUCAACAACCUGAUGGCGAGUAAAAUCUGGACCCCUGACACUUUCUUCCAUAAUGGGAAAAAGUCUGUGGCUCAUAACAUGACCAUGCCUAAUAAAUUGCUGAGGAUCAAAGAUGACGGGACGUUGUUGUACACCAUGAGGUUAACCGUGCAUGCAGAGUGCCCGAUGCAUCUGGAGGAUUUCCCCAUGGAUUUUCACUCCUGUCCGCUUAAAUUUGGCAGCUAUGCUUACACAAUCUCUGAAGUGACUUACGCUUGGACUCUGAAUGCCUCUGAUUCCGUAGUAGUGGAAGGAGAAAGCUCACGCCUGAAUCAAUAUGACUUACUUGGACAAACGGCGGGGCAGGAAACUAUUAAAUCAAGUACAGGCGAAUACACUGUGAUGACAGCUCAUUUCCAUCUGAAGAGGAAGAUUGGCUAUUUUGUCAUCCAGACAUACCUCCCAUGCAUCAUGACAGUCAUCCUCUCCCAAGUGUCUUUCUGGCUCAAUAGAGAAUCAGUGCCGGCAAGAACUGUAUUCGGGGUAACCACUGUGCUCACAAUGACAACACUGAGUAUAAGCGCUCGCAACUCCCUUCCCAAGGUCGCAUACGCCACCGCCAUGGACUGGUUCAUUGCUGUCUGCUAUGCUUUUGUCUUCUCUGCUUUGAUUGAGUUUGCCACAGUCAAUUACUUCACCAAGCGUGGCUGGGCUUGGGAUGGAAAGAGUGUUGUGACUGACAAGAAAAAAGAGAGGGCAUCUGUGAUCAAGAAGAACAACGCCUAUGCUGUAGCAGUGGCCAAUUAUGCGCCGAAUAUUACCAAGGACUCCAGCACACUUCCAACCAUUGCCAAAGGAGGCGCUCUGGAACCCAACAAGGCCAACGAAGACGGCAAGGUCCAUGAGAGCAAGAAGACAUUCAAUAGUGUGAGCAAAAUUGACAGGAUGUCAAGGAUUUUGUUUCCCGUCCUCUUUGGUUCCUUCAACCUAGUUUACUGGGCUACCUACUUAAACAGAGAACCCGUCAUCAAGGACAUGGUGCCCUCCACUUAGAGGCCGGUUUUAACAAGUUCUGGUCAGGGGGCCUCGGAACCAAAUACCUCCAGCAACUGUGUGUACAUACAGUACUGUUGCAGAGUGAUGUCCUGGAUUGCAUCGUGAUCCUCUAGCUCCACCUAUUUUCUACACCGUCUGCGGCACAUUUUGACAAUUCUGUCUUUUGGAAAUGUCUGUUUAUUUAUAUUCCCAUUUCAAUGUGUUAUGACUUCUACUAGAAUGUGUAUUUCCUUGAAAGUUGUUUGUUUUUCCAGUUGAAGUAUGUGACCACCAUGAUAUCAACGUGAACACAACCAUUUACAAUGAUUUGAAGUUAAAUACUUAAAUUUAGCUGUAAUCAACAACAUCCGCUUGAUGUUUUCUUGUUGUUUUCUUUUUGAGUGAACGAGAUUAUCAAGGUUACAUUUUGAUUACGUUUGACUCUUUUCUGUUUUGCCAAUUUAAACGUGGCCUGGCUUGUUCUUUCCAAGCCAAUGCAAAAACACACUUGUAUAGCAUUGUUACAGACUCAAUGUUUUAUUACCUGUGCUAUGACUAUCGGUAUGAGGUUGUAAUGAACAUAAAAACACACACACACACACAAACAUAUUCAGUGUAUUCUAGGCUAAAAUGUACACCUUUUUUUCAUUGAAAAACGACAAUUUACAGCCAGGCAUAUUCAAAGCUGAGAUAUGUUCACGAGACAAGCCUUAAGAUACAUUUUCACAUAUGACCACUAAGGGAAGUAAUGGUGGAGGAAAAUGUAAGAGUAGUUAAAACGAACAAAAAAAUAAUAGAGCGAGGGGAGGGGAAAAAAGGGCCGUGGCUUGUGCGGUGGACAUUUUUUGAUCGCAAGUAAACAAUCUUACCUUAACCUUAUUAUCACCAGUUAUCUUUCACAAUUCAGUGUUUUUCAAUCAGAUGUUUGUUUUUGGCGAGGAAAUAGUUUUGUAGCGAGGUGCAAGACUAAACCAAAACAGUACAUUUGUAAUAUUCUUGUUACCACAUAGUGUAUGAAAUAUUUGUGCCGUGUUCAUUAAAUUUGAUUUAUAUUUUAAUUGCUGCAGUAACUUGAAAUGACAAGAUUUUAGAUGAACUGUAAAAAAAAAAAAAAAAAAAAACGGUGACAGACUUUUUUUCUCGUGUUGUAUUGUGAGAGGAUACAGCAAUGUUUUAUUGUGGUGUGUGUGUGUGUGUGUGUGUGUGUGUGCGUGUGUGUGUGUGUGUGUGUGUGUGUGUGUGCAGCAUUUCUACUGGCACUCAGAGAGGAUAGUGUUUUCUGAAGAGAAAUAACCCCAGUCGAAUAUCAGUAGCCACAUAUUUUGCAUUUCCUUUCAGUAAUUUUAUCUACUGAACAACAGUCUAUUUUUAUUUGAUUGUUUAUUCCAAUUUUGCAUGGCAUAACAAUCUUGCUUGCUUUCUUAUCUUGCCCAACAUUCCUUCUUUGCAGAUUUAUUCUUUGGCAUCUUAUUAAAAUUCUUAUACAUUUCAGAUAAGAAUGAUUGUUCACAAGGUCGAUGCGCUCAUUUUCUAAUAAAACAUAUCACCUGAAAA